AUGGCUCUCACAAAACAACCGACGCUGUGGGGAGUGCCGCUCAAGCUCAUUUCGCUGGUGACACUGACGGCCCAGAACUCGUCGCUGAUUCUCGUUAUGCGAUACUCUCGAAUCAUGCCUGCCGGACCCAACGGCCACUACUUCACCUCGACAGCCGUGCUGCUGAACGAGUUGCUCAAGCUCGCCAUCUGUCUGUGUGUCGCCAUCUACAUCACUCCCGGCCAUUCCAUUCAAACCCUGUACAAAGACGUUUUUGGCCCCGACGCGUGGAAGCUGUCCAUUCCAGCCGUGCUCUACACCCUGCAAAACUCGCUGCAGUAUGUGGCCGUCUCCAACCUGGAUGCCGCCACCUUCCAGGUCACCUACCAGCUCAAAAUUAUCACCACUGCCUUCUUCUCUGUGGCCCUGCUGCGACGAUCGCUCAGUAACACACAGUGGCUGUCGCUGUUCAUUCUCACCAUUGGCGUGGCUCUGGUCCAGCUCCCCGCAGCAGCCGUGGAGGCCAUUGUCGACUCCCUGCGAUGGAGCUGGUGGUCUGGCGAGGAAGCCAAGACCGUGGUCACCAAGGUUGCCCGAGACCUCGUCACUCGGGGCGCUCCCACAGACACCAACUCUAAGGUUGGUCUGGUGGCCGUCAUUUUGGCAUGCUGCCUGUCCGGCCUGGCAGGAGUUUACUUCGAGAAGGUACUCAAGGGCUCACAGACGUCGCUAUGGACCCGAAACGUGCAGCUGUCAUUCUUCUCCCUCAUCCCCGCCACCCUUAUUGGCUGCUGGUGGUACCAGGGAGCUGAGAUUGCUGAGUACGGCUUCUUCAAUGGCUACAACACCACUGUGUGGAGCGCCAUCAUUCUUCAGGCCCUUGGAGGCAUUGUGGUGGCUCUGUGUGUCAAGUUUGCCGACAACAUUGCCAAGAACUUUGCCACCUCCAUCUCCAUUCUCAUCUCCUUUGUGGCCUCCGUGUACCUGUUUGAGAUGGAGGUCACGGUCAACUUUGUGGCUGGAGCCGCUCUGGUUGUGUUUGCAACCUUCCUGUACUCUCGGCCUGCUCCCGUCCCCCAGGAGCUGCCUAAGAGCAACUAG